ACCAGCGCGCGGGAGGGCGGGCCGGGCCGGGCCGCGCGAGAAGUGACGCGCGCCGGUGGGCGGGAAGGGGCGGGCUCGGCCUGUCCCUCACUUCCGGGUUGGCCCGGGCCCAGCAGGAGUUACCGGCGCCGAGCGGGGACAGAAGGUUUGGAGGAGCAGUCGCUUUGGUCUUGAAUGUCUGCAGAGCAGAGGACGUAGUUGCCUGUUCCGCUGGCUUCAAAGACAGAAGCAGUGAAGAGUGACGUAGUUGUACGGAGCGGAAAGGAUCCCCAUACGUGACUGAUCUAUGAAAUGGCAGAGAAUGGAACAGAUUGUGACCAGAGACGCACAGGAAUGAUCAAAGAACAGCACAAUGGAAACUUUACAGAUUCCUCUUUGUUGAGUGAACGGAAGCGAAGGGACCGAGAGGAGAGAUUGAAUAUUGUCCUCUGGAAACAGCCACUUGUUACCUUGCAGUAUUUUUUCCUGGAAACUCUAAUAAACUUGAAGGAAUGGACCAUAAAAUUGUGGCAUCGGCGAAGUAUCCUGGUGUGUCUUUUACUGACGCUCGCGGUGCUCACAGCUACGUAUUACAUUGAAGGAACACAUCAACAGUAUGUGCGGUAUAUGGAGAAGAAGUUCUUCUGGUGUGCCUACUGGGUAGGACUGGGCAUUCUGUCCUCUGUUGGACUUGGAACAGGUCUCCACACCUUUCUGCUCUAUUUGGGUCCACACAUAGCAUCCGUUACUCUUGCUGCUUAUGAAUGUAACUCAGUGAAUUUUCCGGAGCCUCCUUACCCCGAUCAGAUUAUCUGCCCUGAUGAGGAGCCGGCUGGAGGAUCCAUCUCACUCUGGGCCAUCAUCUCCAAAGUGCGGCUGGAGGCCUGCAUGUGGGGUGCUGGCACAGCCAUUGGAGAGCUGCCCCCGUAUUUCAUGGCACGGGCGGCCCGGCUCUCUGGUGCUGAACCUGAUGAUGAAGAGUACCAGGAAUUCGAGGAGAUGCUGGAACACGCGGAGACUGCACAAGAUUUUGCCUCCCGGGCUAAGCUGGCUGUGCAGAACCUGGUGCAGAAGGUCGGGUUCUUCGGCAUCCUGGCCUGUGCUUCUAUUCCAAACCCCCUGUUUGACCUGGCCGGGAUAACGUGUGGACACUUUCUGGUUCCCUUCUGGACCUUCUUUGGUGCAACCUUGAUUGGGAAAGCAGUAAUUAAAAUGCACAUCCAGAAACUUUUCGUUAUUGUAACAUUCAGCAAACAUAUAGUGGAGCAGAUGGUGGCCCUAAUCGGUGCUAUUCCAAGUAUAGGUCCUUCUCUUCAGAAGCCAUUUCAAGAAUAUUUGGAAGCUCAGAGGAUCAAACUUCACCACAGACCUGACAGUGCCGUGCCGCAGGGGGAAAACUGGCUAUCCUGGAUAUUUGAAAAAUUGGUGAUUGUCAUGGUUUGUUAUUUUAUCUUAUCUAUAAUCAACUCCAUGGCCCAGAGCUAUGCCAAGCGACAGCAACAGAAGAUGUACUCUGAAGAAAAAACCAAAUGAGCUUGGAAAACACCCCUUGGAAUGGGUUUUAGCAGACACGAGAAAUGAAACAUCUUUCCAUAUGUUUAAAAAUCAGCAUUAUUCAAAACAGGGGAAAACUUUUUAACAUCAAUUUUCAACUAGAGCAAGUUUUUCUUUAAUUUUGAAAGUAAUUUGGAUAUUAGAGCAGAUGUUUCGUUGACAAACUUAUAAAUGUUAAGGUAAGGUAUUGACGCUUUACAUGUCUGAGUUGUGUUAUAUGGGACGGACAAUGUGUUAAAUGGAGCUUGACACAAAUAUUGUCCACCCAAAUUACUUCCAAAACCGGUGAUUUAAUACUCUCCAUUUCCUGAUUUAACUUCAGACUGACCUGAGGGUAACGUUUGAUUUUGAAGGGUGGCUGUUUUGCUAUUUUUUCAUCACUUUCAAGACCAUCCCAGUGUAUAUAAAUGACUACAGGCUGGAUAGAACCCGUUGCAUGUCCCUCAUGGUAAGGCUGCUCCGCCGGAAUUCUCGGUGUCCCGUUGCGUUGCACGUGCUCUCGGUUGGACGAGCCGCCCGCCCUCUGGAACCUCCUGGUGUUACCAGAGCCGAUCCUUGUCAAAAUGCUGAAGUUGACAUUUUUUAUUCUGUAUAUUUAGAAUGAAGUUUAAACUUUAUAAAGUCAUCUUUGAUCAUUCCAGAA